GAUUUGAAGAUGAUGGGGCCCCAGGGGGCGAGGAGGCGCGUGAGAGGGUUGAGUUUCAUGAGUCACGGAAGUGUUUUUAAUUGAAGCUGAGAGAGUUCAACGAUCAGUCACGCAGAUUGACAGCAUCACUUCGUCUCUGGCUCAUUUUCCGAAUCCUGCAGAUUAUUCUUAUUUUUUCUUUCAAUGGCCUAAAAGUACAGGCUGUGCGCAAUUUUAAGAUUCCAAUAUCUUCUGCUGUGUAUUCAAUUUAUUUCUCGAAGCAAGUUACUUGGAGUUCUUCUGUUCUUAAGGACCAGGUCAAAGCAGAGGAUCGUUCACAACUUGUACUCAAAGUAAUCCACUACUUUUGAAGCCUCGCGUCCCGGGCCGCUGUGAUCAUGCGCACGUGUUGUCACCAGCGGACCCGUGCGUCUUUACGCUCUUUGGAUCGGCGCCUCUUCGCUCCGCGGGCUCAGUGAGCCGCUCUGCUCCGACCGCCGAACAACUCCGAGGACUGUCCCAACUCGUUGAGAUGGACGAUCUGGAAACUUCCGAGCGGUUCUUCCACAAGUCGUCGUUCAGCAUCAGCAGCCUGUUGUGGAGGCGAGAGGGGGCGACGACGGCGACGACGACGACGACGAGGGACCGGGAGUCUGCGUCUCCGACUCCGUCCCGCAAACUGCGCGUCGCGGCGCAUCCAGGGAAAUCCAGCCAGGAGGAAAAGUGCGAGAACCCUCCGCAACAGUGCGCAAAGGAAGAAAGUAAAGCUGCAAAUGGAAAACGAGAAGGGAGCAUCAAGGGAGAAUCCAGGGAGGACAGCGUCAAAGCCGAGAAGCCUCCGUUCAGCUACAACGCGCUCAUCAUGAUGGCGAUCCGCCAGAGCGCCGCGCGGCGGCUCACGCUCAACGGCAUCUACGAGUUCAUCAUGGACAACUUCCCGUACUACCGACAGAACCGACAGGGCUGGCAGAACUCCAUCCGGCACAACCUGAGUCUGAACAAGUGCUUCGUCAAAGUGCCGCGCCACUACGACGACCCGGGCAAGGGCAACUACUGGAUGCUGGACCCCUGCAGCGAGGACGUGUUCAUCGGCGGCGCGUCGGGGAAGCUGCGCCGCAGGACCGCGUCCGGCUCCAGGGUCAAACUGGCGCUGAGACGAGGAGGAGGAGGAGGAGGAGGAGGUCGCCUGCAGGUGUCCCCCGGCGCCGCCGCGACCAGUGUGACCGUGGCCGCGGCGGGUUCGUUUUACUGGCCGGUGCCGCCGUUCCUGCCGCUGCAGACGCCCGUGCGCACCGGCGGCCUCGGCGCGGGGACUUACCUGAGCGCGCACCCUCGCUUCUCCAGCCACCACGCCGCCGCGUCGAUCGUCUCUUCUUCUGCUUCUUCUUCUUCUUCGUCUUCUUCUUCUUCUUCUUCUUCUUCUUCUUCUUCACAGCAGCUGCAGCAGCAGCGGUGCCGGCUGAGCGGACCGAGUUCUGCAGCGGACGCCGUCGACCGGUUCGUGCAGACGCGCCAGGAGAUGUCGUACAUCGGAGUGCGCUGCGCGCAGUCGCGCCGCCACCAGAUCGGCGCCGCCUGCGCCGCCUUCUCCGCGUCCAUCCCCGCGUGCGCGCUGCCGCUGUCGGACCCGUGCGCCUUCAACAUGAUCACCGGACAAGCGAGCUACUUCUACUCGCGCCAGGUUCCGUGCGGCGCGACCUUCGGUCGGUGCCAAGACGAGUGCGCAGCAGCGACCAAGACGUCCCCGGGACACUUCGUAGCCAGGGCGGGUCCCUCGGAGCUGCCGGGAUGCUGCGGGGACUUCCCGAAUUAUUGUCCUCAGAUCAGCCCGAGUCCUCCUUCGUCUUGGAAUAUAGAAAAAUAAAGUGACAGGUACAUAACACUACCCAAUAUGUAAGAUUUACAAUAUUACUGUAGCAUUUAGAUGAAGAUGGUAAAUGAACGGCUUACAACAAAAAACCUGCGUACUGACUUGUCUUGACUUUAUGAGAAGCCUGGAUAAUGAAAGAUAUUCUGCAACAUUAACUUUUUUGUGUGUCUAAAUUGAAACCGACAGUGUUUUUUCACUAUACUUCAAAAAUCAUCAUAUUUUUUGUUAAGUGCACAAAAAGGACAAUAUUUGUCAGGGUCUUGCAAAAAAAAUAUUAUAAUAAUAAGAUCAAAACUUCUAACACCAAGUUCAUUUUAUAUAAAACAAGGGACAGGGUCAAAUAUUCUUUUUUUUUUUUUUAAAUAUGAUUUAUGGCCAUUUUGGUUUGCGUCUCUCAGAUGAAACUAUAGAAGUUUCAUGAAUCAUUUUUCACACUUGUUUAUGCACUUGUCAGUGACACUGACUGAAGUGAUAUUUGCGCCUGGUCACUGUUUUAGGCCUCAAUGAAGUGAUCCACUGCAUAAUGCAAAAAAAAUUACAA